AUAGCCCAGAGACCCUGCAGCGGUUGCGGCGCUGUUCAGCUUCAAUCUGUUCAGAUUACCAGAAGACGUCUGAGUACAAGGAAGGACACUGCUCGUUCUACACUCAAUAAAUUGUUACCAGAUUGCGGUUCCUAUUCGGGCACGGCAGAGAGAGUGGAUGUAAACAAUAUAGGGGUUUCCCUUUCGUCAGGUUCUUCCAGAAUCUUCUAUUUUGUAUCCUAAUUAAUUGAUGCAGUUGAACAGCGAUUAAAGCAGGUGAUAUCGAUCUGGUUGAAUGGACACGACAAGUGAGAGGCCGGCGGUGAAGAUGCCGGGAGCUGUGUCUCUUUCGGACCGUGAAAUCCCCCCGGCUCGUGGGCAGCAAGGGUGCUCUGGUACCGGGAAAAUAAUGGUAUCUGGCUCGGGUUCUAUGGUUCUACCGGGCGGGAUAAUCAACCCGCAGGUGCCCAUCCGGAAUAUCAAGAUGAAAUUCGCGGUUCUGAUCGGAUUGAUCCAGGUGGGGGAGGUUAGCAACAGGGAUAUCGUGGAGACUGUGCUCAACCUGCUGGUGGGGGGUGAGUUUGAUCUGGAACAGAACUUCAUCAUAGCGGCAGCGGAGAGCCUGGGCUGUGUAGUAGAGCUGUUGGAGCACUGUGAUGUGACCUGCCAGGCUGAGGUGUGGUCCAUGUUCACAGCCAUCCUCAGGAAGAGUGUCCGUAACCUCCAGACCAGCACUGAGGUGGGCCUCAUAGAGCAGCUGCUGCUGAAGAUGAGCUCCGUUGACGACAUGAUCGCAGACCUGCUGGUGGAUAUGUUAGGAGUGCUGGCCAGCUACAGCAUCACAGUGAAGGAGCUCAAAUUGCUGUUCAGUAUGCUGAGGGGAGACCGAGAACUCUGGCCGAGGCACGCGGUGAAGCUGCUGUCUGUUCUGAACCAGAUGCCUCAGAGACACGGUCCAGACACUUUCUUCAACUUCCCCGGACGCAGUGCUGCGGCCAUAGCGCUGCCUCCCAUUGCUAAGUGGCCUUACCAGAACGGCUUCACUCUCAACACCUGGUUCAGAAUGGACCCUCUAAACAACAUCAACGUAGACAAAGACAAACCAUAUCUCUACUGCUUUCGCACCAGUAAAGGAAUCGGCUACUCUGCACAUUUCGUGGGCAACUGUCUGAUCGUGACAUCGCUGAAGUCUAAAGGCAAAGGCUUCCAGCACUGUGUCAAAUAUGACUUUCAACCUCGGAAGUGGUACAUGAUCAGCAUCGUCCAUAUCUACAACCGCUGGAGGAACAGUGAGAUCCGUUGCUACGUCAAUGGUCAGCUGGUCUCCUAUGGCGACAUGGCCUGGCACGUCAACACCAGCGAUAGUUAUGAUAAGUGCUUCCUGGGUUCGUCUGAGACAGCUGAUGCGAACAGGGUAUUCUGUGGUCAGCUGGGGGCCAUCUAUGUGUUCUCUGAGGCUCUCAACCCAGCUCAGAUAUUUGCCAUUCAUCAGCUGGGAGCGGGCUAUAAGAGUACGUUUAAGUUUAAGUCGGAGAGUGACAUCCACCUGGCAGAGCACCAUAAGCAGGUCCUGUAUGAUGGGAAGCUGGCCAGCUCCAUCUCCUUUACCUACAACGCCAAGGCUACAGACGCCCAGCUCUGCCUGGAGUCAUCGCCCAAGGAGAACGCCUCCAUCUUCGUCCACUCACCCCACGCCCUUAUGCUACAGGAUGUGAAGGCCAUAGUGACCCACUCCAUCCACAGUGCCAUCCACUCAAUAGGAGGGAUCCAGGUGCUGUUUCCUCUCUUCUCCCAGCUGGACUACCAUCAACCCAACGACCAGCACAACUACCAGAACCAUGAGACCCAGCUGGAGACUACCGUCUGUGCCACCCUCCUGGUGUUCCUGGUUGAUCUGUUGAAGAGCUCAGUGGCGAUGCAGGAACAGAUGCUGGGAGGGAAAGGAUUCCUUGUAAUCGGGUUUCUGCUGGAGAAGUCCUCCAGGGUCCACAUCACUCGUGCGGUCCUGGAGCAGUUCCUGUCCUUCGCUAAGUACCUGGAUGGGUUAACCCAUGGAGCGCCACUCCUCAAACAGCUCUGUGACCACAUCCUGUUCAACGCAGCCAUCUGGAUACACACCCCCGCCAAGGUCCAGCUCUCUCUGUACACAUACCUGUCUGCAGAGUUUAUCGGCACAGCAACCAUCUACAACACCAUCCGUCGUAUUGGGACUGUGCUGCAGCUGAUGCACAGUCUGAAGUACUACUACUGGACCUGUAACCCUGAGGCCAGCAGUGGCAUUACACCUAAAGGACUGGAUGGUCCAAGGCCCACCCAGCAGGAGAUCAUCUCUCUCAGGGCUUUCAUGUUGCUGUUCCUCAAACAACUCAUCCUCAAGGACCGAGGUGUGAAGGAAGAUGAGCUGCAGAGUAUCCUGAACUACCUGCUAACCAUGCAUGAGGAUGAUAAUAUACAUGAUGUUCUUCAGCUGGUAGUGGCUCUGAUGUCAGAACACCCAGCCUCCAUGAUUCCAGCUUUCGACCAGAGGAACGGCAUACGGGUGAUGUACAAGCUGCUGGCCUCGAAGACUGAGAGCAUCAGAGUCCAGUCCCUCAAAGUCCUAGGAUACUUUCUCAAACACCUGGGACACAAAAGGAAGGUUGAGAUCAUGCACACACACAGUCUCUUCACUCUCUUGGGGGAGAGGCUGAUGCUUCACACUAAUACUGUGUCAGUGACCAUCUACAACGCGCUGUACGAGAUCCUGACAGAGCAGGUGUGUACCCAGGUCGUCCACAAACCCCACCCUGAACCAGACUCUACAAUCAAGAUACAGAACCCCAUGAUCCUUAAGGUAGUAGCGACCCUGUUGAAGAGCUCGUCCCCCAGUGUUGAGCUGAUGGAGGUUCGACGUCUCUUCCUCUCAGACAUGAUCAAACUGUUCAGCAACAGCCGCGAAAACCGACGGUGUCUGCUGCAGUGUUCAGUAUGGCAGGACUGGAUGUUCAGUCUGGGCUAUAUCAACCCUAAAAACCCAGAGGAACAGAAGAUGAUGGAGAUGGUCUAUAGCCUCUUCAGGAUCCUGCUCUACCAUGCUAUCAAGUAUGAGUGGGGAGGUUGGAGGGUCUGGGUGGAUACACUCUCCAUCGCUCACUCCAAGGUAACAUACGAGGCCCAUAAGGAGUACCUGGCUAAGAUGUAUGAGGACUACCAGCGUCAGGAAGAGGAGAACAUUAAGAAGGGGAGGAAGGGUCUGGUCAGCACCAUCUCAGGCCUGCAGGACCUCCAGGCCGGGGGCAUCCAGGGGAACAUGGAGAUCAGAGAGAUAGACUCCCAGACACAGACGCCGGAGAGCGAGGCCGACUACCCCGAGACCCCCAGCCACCCCCGGAACACAUCGUCAGAGGGGAAGACAAGGGAGGAGGGAGGGCUCGGGGGGACAGGGAGGACGGGGUCAGGGGUCAGAGUGGAGGUUCAUGACCUGUUGGUGGACAUCAAGGCUGAAAAGGUGGAAGCCACAGAGGUGAAGCUGGAUGACCUGGACCUGUCUCCAGAGCCGCUGGGCGUGACAGUGGGUGUGGCCGGAGGUGUUGUCUCUGAGGACAGGGGCGGGGCGUUGGUCCAGGUGGACUCCCUAUUGGACAACGUUUACUGUGCUGCUGUAGAGAAGCUAAGCAGCAGCGCCGCCAGUGGUGUACUGGUCCCCAACGCAAAUGUCGCCGUCGCGCCUGCCAACCACAACACUGGUCCCCUCAUCACCCUUGCUGAUGACGACAAGGAAAGUCUCCCUAGCAACAGCAGCCUCAUGUUUGGCCAGGAAGAGCCCCUGGUCCUGCCAAGUCCUGGUUCUAACCCUGAUCCAGACCCUGACCCCCCUUUCCCCCCGGGCCACAGCCAUGACCUGGGCCUGCUGGACCACAUGACUGGCAGCUCUGAGCUGGGGACCAUCGGCAUGGUCGGCACGGUCACUCCUGGUGGUCCGAUCAGCAGCAUCCUGGAGGAGGAGAGAUUUAAGCUCCAGACCACCCUGGGUGACGUCACCUCCAUGCCCAGGGAAGAGGCCUGCUCUAAUGGGUCAGAGUUCACAGAGACCGGGGCUGGAGCUAGGGUUGAAGGGUCUGGGUUGUCGGAGGGGGGCGAGCCCUUGGCUGGUGGGAAAGGUAGUGGGACAGAUGCAGUCAGCAACACCUCAGAUACUGAGAGGUCAGACGAAGGAAAGGAGGUUAAGAAGAUUCAGACCACUGCUACUACACAGUCCCUCCAUAGUCGUACGGCAGCCCAGUUAGAGCGUGACCUGCGUGUGGACCUGGGCUUCAGAGGGAUGCCCAUGACAGAGGAGCAGCGGCGCCAGUUCAGCCCUGGCCCUCGCACCACCAUGUUCCGCAUCCCAGAGUUCAAGUGGUCGGCCAUGCACCAGCGCCUCCUCACCGACCUGCUGUUGGCCCUGGAGACAGACGUCCACAUCUGGAGGAGCCAUUCAAGCAAAUCCGUCAUGGAUUUUGUCAACAGCAAUGAGAACAUCAUCUUUGUCCACAACACCAUCCACCUCCUCUCUCAGAUGGUAGACAACAUCAUCAUCGCCUGUGGAGGGAUCCUUCCUCUGCUCUCUGCUGCCACCUCUCCUUCUGCUGAGUUGGAGAACAUCGAGGCGACCCAGGGCAUGUCUUCAGAGACGGCGGUGUCCUUCCUGUCCCGUCUGAUGGCCAUGGUGGACGUUCUGGUGUUCGCCAGCUCACUCAACUUCUCUGAGAUAGAGGCUGAGAAGAACAUGUCCUCUGGAGGCCUGAUGAGACAGUGUUUACGACUGGUGUGUUGUGUAGCAGUGAGGAACUGUCUGGAUGUUAGACAGAGACAGAGGGACAGAGGGACCAACAGUAAAAGCCAGGACAACCUGUAUGGUGCAGCAUCUGCCAACAAGGACCCUGACAGACUUCUACAGGACGUCGAUAUCAAUCGUCUGAGAGCUGUCGUGUUCCGGGAUGUGGAUGACAGCAAGCAGGCCCAGUUCUUGGCACUAGCGGUGGUCUACUUUAUCUCUGUCCUCAUGGUGUCAAAGUACAGGGACAUCCUGGAACCACAGAGAGAGACCAACAGGAUGAUCAGCCAAUCAGCAUACAGCAUUCGCCACGAGAUCAACUCAUCUACCAGCACAAAGACCCCCCUGGCGUACCCUGACCAAAGUAAGGAGCCCCCCAUCCCUGUAGAGGAGCUCCACAUAGAGAGAGGCUGUCUGCCACACACUGACUCUGGCAUUGGAGAGGAACAGAUGGCCAGUGUGUUAAACGGGGCAGACUUGGACGCUUCAGGACCCGGGCGAGCUGACGCCAUGUCCUCCCUGCUCGGCAGCCUCUCCUCUGGGGAGAAGCAUAGCCAAGAGUCCCUCUUGGAGCCGCCUGGCCUGGAGGUCCUAAGGACCACCUCCUCCAUCUCCUCCAUCAGCCACUCAAACAUCAAUGUACGAAGAAUCCUGAAGAGCCUAGUGGCUGGGCCUGUAGAGGGGGUGGAACCUGGACCAGAGCCCCUCCCCUACCCUGAUCUUGCCGUACAGAGAGAGACCCAUUCCCCCAUGCUGCCCAUGCAGUUCCACUCCUUUGAUAGGAGUGUGGUGGUCCCAGUGAAGAAGCCUCCACCAGGGAGUCUGGCUGUGAACACGGUUGGACACGCAUCCUCCAGCAGCCUGGCAACAGGCUCCACCCCCAACAUCUUUGUUGCAGCCUCCAACACCCCCAAGAGCAUGAUCAACACCACCGGAGCUACAGACUCGGCCUCCUCUUCCUCCACCUCUUCCUCAUCCUUCGUCAACGGGGCCACCAGUAAGAACCUGCCCGCUGUCCAGCCGGUGGCGCCCAUGCCUGAAGACACAGUGGAAAACAUAAGUAUCACUACUAAGUUGGAGCGUGCGCUGGAGAAGGUGGCCCCCCUGCUCAGGGAGAUCUUUGUGGACUUUGCACCGUUCCUCUCUAGGACAUUGUUGGGAAGCCAUGGUCAGGAGCUGCUCAUAGAAGGUUUGGUGUGUAUGAAGUCCAGCACCUCCGUAGUAGAACUAGUCAUGCUGCUCUGCUCUCAGGAGUGGCAGAACUCGAUCCAGAAAAAUGCCGGCCUCGCCUUCAUCGAGCUCAUCAACGAGGGGAGAUUGCUGUGUCAUGCUAUGAAGGACCACAUCGUGCGUGUUGCCAACGAGGCAGAGUUCAUCCUCAACAGACAGAGAGCAGAAGAUGUCCAUAAACACGCUGAGUUUGAGUCUAACUGUGCCCAGUACACUGCUGAUCGGAGGGAGGAGGAGAAGAUGUGUGAUCACCUGAUCAGCGCUGCCAAGCACAGAGACCAUGUGACUGCCAACCAGCUUAAACAGAAGAUACUCAACAUCCUCACCAAUAAGCAUGGAGCCUGGGGCAGCCUGGCACAGAGUCAGCUGAAUGACUUCUGGCGUCUGGAUUACUGGGAGGACGACUUACGGAGGAGGCGGAGAUUCGUACGGAACCCCUUUGGCUCCACCCACCUGGACAUCCCCUGCAAGAUGCUGGACGACUAUGGCAGCAAGGAGGAUGAGUUGGUCAAGUCGAAGAAGGGGUUCCACAGCCAGACGGUAGCCAAUCAGAGCCCAGAGACGGACCUGAUGUUGGAUGGAGACGAUGACACUGCCAGUCUGCUGCAGGAGAAAGAGAUGGACAACCUGGCUGGCCCAGUGGUCCUCAGCACCCCGGCCCAGCUCGUGGCCCCGGUAAUAGUCGCACGAGGGAUGCUCUCCAUCACGACGACCGAGAUAUAUUUCGAAGUGGACGAGGAUGACCCCUCCUUCAAACUGCUUGACUCCACGGUCCUGGCAUACUCAGAGGGUCUGCAUGGUAAAUGGAUGUUCAGUGAGAUCAGAGCGGUCUUCUCCAGGCGAUACCUGCUCCAGAACACUGGCCUGGAGGUCUUCAUGGCCAACAGGACGUCAGUGAUGUUUAACUUCCCAGACCAAGCCACAGUGAAGAAGGUGGUCUACAGUCUACCCAGGGUCGGAGUAGGAACCAGCUAUGGCCUACCACAAGCCAGGCGUAUCUCCAUGGCGACGCCCCGGCAGCUCUUCAAGUCGUCCAACAUGACCCAGCGCUGGCAGAGGAGGGAGAUCUCCAACUUCGAGUACCUCAUGUUCCUCAACACCGUCGCAGGGAGGACCUACAAUGAUCUGAACCAGUACGCCGUGUUUCCCUGGGUUCUCACAAACUACGAGUCCGAGGAGCUGGACCUCACCCUGCCGGGCAACUUCAGAGAUCUCUCCAAGCCAAUUGGAGCAUUGAACCCGAAGCGUGCAGUGUUCUAUGCAGAGCGCUACGAGACAUGGGAAGAGGACCAGACCCCCCCAUAUCACUACAACACCCACUACUCCACCGCUAACUCCACCCUGCUCUGGCUGCUCAGGAUAGAGCCUUUCACCACGUUCUUCCUGAAAGCUAACAACAACAAGUUUGACCAUCCAGACCGGACCUUCUCCGCCAUCACCCGCUCCUGGAGGCACUGCCAGAGAGACACCUCAGACGUCAGGGAAUUGAUUCCAGAGUUCUACUACCUGCCGGAGAUGUUUGGUAAUAGUAAUGGUUACCACCUGGGCCAGAGGGAGGAUGGCAAGAUGGUGUGUGAUGUAGAGCUGCCUCCCUGGGCCAACAAGCCUGAGGACUUUGUCAGGAUCAACCGGAUGGCCCUGGAAAGUGAGUUUGUGUCGUGUCAGCUGCAUCAGUGGGUUGACCUUAUUUUCGGCUACAAGCAGCGCGGGCCUGAGGCGGUGCGCGCCCUCAAUGUCUUUCACCAGCUGACCUACGAGGGUUCCGUCAGCCUGGACAGCAUCACUGACCCCGCCCUCAGAGAGGCGAUGGAGAAGCAGAUUCUGAUUGUUGGACAGACUCCGUCUCAGUUGCUCAUCGAGCCACAUCCUCCUCGCAGCUCGGCCAUGCACCUGUGUUUCCUUCCCCAGAGUCCUCUGAUGUUCAAGGACCAGAUGCAGCAGGAUGUGAUCAUGGUGUUGAAGUUCCCCUCCAACUCCCCGGUGACACAUGUAGCAGCCAACACCCUGCCCCACCUCUCUGUCCCUGCCGCUGUCACCGUCACCUGCAGCCGACUGUUCGCUGUCAACCGCUGGCACAACACUGUCGGUUUGAGAGGAGCGCCAGGUUACUCCCUGGAACAGGCCCACCACCUGCCCAUAGAGAUGGACCCUCUGAUUGCCAACAACUCUGGGAGUAACAAGCGUCAGAUCACAGACCUGGUGGAUCAGAGCAUCCAGAUCAACACACACUGCUUCGUGGUUACCGCCGACAACCGCUACAUCCUGGUCUGUGGCUUCUGGGACAAGAGUUUCAGAGUCUAUUCCACCGAGACAGGUAAGCUGACCCAGAUAGUGUUUGGACACUGGGACGUGGUGACGUGUCUGGCCAGGUCAGAGAGCUACAUCGGGGGAGACUGCUACAUCGUGUCAGGGUCCAGAGACGCUACUCUGCUACUGUGGUACUGGAGCGGACGACACCACAUCAUAGGAGACAACCCCAACAACAGUGACUACCCGGCACCGCGAGCUGUGCUGACCGGCCAUGACCAUGAGGUGGUGUGUGUCUCUGUGUGUGCCGAGCUGGGACUGGUCAUCAGUGGAGCCAAAGAGGGUCCGUGUCUGGUCCACACUAUAACAGGGGACCUGCUGCGGGCCCUGGAGGGCCCAGAUAACUGCCUGUGUCCCCGCCUCAUAUCCGUGUCCAGCGAGGGCCACUGUAUUAUCUGCUACGAGAGAGGACGUUUCUGUAACUUCAGCAUCAAUGGAAAACUACUGGCUCAGAUGGAGGUCAACGACUCAACACGGGCCAUUAUGCUGAGUAGUGAUGGUCAGAACCUGGUGACAGGAGGAGACAACGGGGUAGUGGAGGUGUGGCAGGCCUGUGACUUCAAACAACUCUACAUCUACCCAGGCUGUGAUGCUGGUAUCCGCGCAAUGGACCUCUCUCACGACCAGAGGACUCUCAUCACUGGCAUGGCAUCCGGCAGCAUUGUGGCGUUCAACAUCGACUUCAACCGGUGGCACUACGAGCACCAGAACAGAUACUGAGGGUUACAGAGACAGAGAGGCAGUACAACAUGGCCACAGGUUUGGAGGACACCUGGACACUACUGUUAACCAACUACAAAGGUUAGCUGCUGUUAACUACCUAUACAAGAUAGCUAAUUACGGUAUAAGAGUUAACUAAUGCUAACUAACCUCACAGGUCAACUAACUAACCAUAAACUGUAGGAAUACAGUGGGGUCCACAAUUAUUGACACCCUUGAUGAAGAUUAACAAUAAUGACUUUAUAAAAUAAAUAAUUCUGAAACUGAGCUAUAUUAUAUGCUCCCAAAAGUGUGAGAAUUAUAUUAUUUUAUGUUAAUAGAAUUGCUUAGAGAAAUAAAUGUUGUUUAACAAGUUUAAAAAACUAUUCUCAAAAAGGUGGGAGUGAAAAUUAAAGCUCCCUAAAGAUUCUUAUAAAUAAAGUUGUCAAAAGUGUAGUAUUUGGUACCAUAUCCCUAGCAUGCAAUGACUACAUCAAGCUUAGGAUCCUACAAACUUGUUGGAUGCAUUUUCAGUUUGUUUAGGUUGUGUUUCUGAUUAUAGAAUGGUAGAAAUGAAUGGUAAAUAAUGUAUUCUGUCAUUUUGGAGUCACUUUUACUGUAAAUAAGAAUAUGAUACGUUUGUAAACAUUUCGUAAUUAAUGUGGAUGCUACCAUGAUUACUGAUAAUCCUGAGUGAAUAAUGAUGAGUGGGAAAGUUACAGAGGGUCAAAAACAUACCCCCAAGACAUGCUAACCUCUCACCAUUACCAAUAACACGGGAGGUUAGAAUGGCUUGGGGGUAUGAUCUUUGACCUGUGAUAAUGUGAAGUACCCAAAAGGGCCACUAGAUGUUGUGUGAUAGAUUACAUAAAAUCCUUAAAAGAAACCAAAAUGCUGGUAGUUUAUUGGUAAACUUUAAACAUGUCCAGUAAUACCCUCCCUUUGCAACCUAUAUUUAAAAAAAAAUAUAUAUAUAUAUGACUUGUUUAACAAAAUAUCCCUUUCUCUGAGCAAUUAUUUUUUUUGUUAUUAUACAAUAUGGCUCAGUAUUUGAAUGAUUUCUACAGUCAUUUUUGCUCAUAUUUAUCAAGGGUGUCAAUAAUUUCAGACCCCACUGUAGAUACUAAGGUCUAGAAAAAGACAGGUUAAAAUAUAGGUUAAAAGACAUGGAGAAAAAAUCAGUGACAGUUUCUUUCAACACUGAUUUAAAAAAAAUGAUUUUAUUCAACUGGUCAUAUUUAAAACUGUGAAAAAUACAAUAAACAAACCUACGGUUAAUAACGUUUAUACAACAUUUGUAUGUCAAAUACAUAUCAAACUUGGGACACUUUUCUAGGAAAAAAGGAAAAAAACUGUUGUAUAUAAGGAUGAUGGAAAGAGUUUAUUUCCAGAAAAGAUUUGAAAAGAACAAGACGUCUCCAUUUAGUCUCCAUUUAGUCUCCAUUUAGUCUCCAUUUAGUCUCCAUUUAGUCUCCAUUUAGUCUCCAUUUUGACAGUUGAACCAUAAUUCUCUGUUCCAAACCGUGACCUGACUCCCUGACAUCGUAUCUUAGAGUGCGUCCAAAAUGGUACCCUGCUCCCUUUAUAGUGCACAACAUUUGAUCAGGACUCAUAGGGCUCUGGUCAAAAGAAAGGCACUAUAAAGGGAUUAGCGUGCCAUUUGGGACGUAGAUUAGUUGGUUUGUAAUAAUGACUGAUAGUUGGUCUCCCAUCACAGUAGUCUAUUGAUGUAGGUGUCAAAAACAACAAAUUGUUCUAUGUUAAUUUGAUAAUGUGUUUACAUAUCUGUAAGGGCAAUUUCAGAAUUCUACGUACUGUGUGAAAUGUGUCCAUUGUAAUUGUAAUUUGUUUCUUAAUCACGUUUCACAUUAUUAACAGGAAAUAACAAUCCUUGUAAUGAUUUCCAUCCCAUUUGUUGUUCGGUAACAAUUGUAUUUAUAUUUCAACAAAGGCAAGGAUUUAAAAUGACUUUUAUUUACUUUUAAAAUGACUACCACAGGCUAGUCAGGUUUAGCACUGAAUUCUUUAGUUAUCAUGGUUUGUAUUUCCAGCUAAUGGAUUGAUAAGGAAGGCAGUGCAAGACAUCAGUUGUAGAAACUCUGGAUGAUAACUAUGGCAACUCAAUAUGAAAACUAUCAAUACCAUGAGUUUAUUAAAGCCUGCAAUCCAGACCUGUUUUGUACUACCAUUCCACUCAUUGUACUCUGUGUCAUAUGCCAAACAUGACAUGAUAUUAGGCAUGGCAAGUAGUGGAAAGGAAUGGAAUGUUAGUGCAAACAGACUGAUACCCAGGCUAAAUGAAUGGUUGGGGCAUGUAGCUAACCUAACCAAGAACAGGCUAUAGUCAUACAAAAACGAUUCUUCAUUAUUUUGAAUAAACAGAAAAUAUUACAACAAUGUUAAAUAUACCACAUGUGAGUUGACAGUAAGAUGAAAAGGAAAGAACUAAAUGAUAUUAUGCAAAGAGUUUGGAUUUGCAUUGUAAUGGUACAGACAGCAGUCUAGCUAAACCAGGGGCUCUACAUGCAGAGACCCACAGUGGCUGUAGUGUGGAAAAUCCAUCUUACUUUACUGGUUUGAUUCAUAAUAACCAUCCAUAUGAAUUUGACAUUCUGGGUUAAUUUAGAAUAUUUGACAAAUAUUUGUGUAAGGAGGAUUUAGCUAAAUAAAUGCAUUUUAUUUGUGUUGCCAUUAGCACUGCAAUUUGAUGUCAUUUUUUUAAACAACAUUUCUUAUUGCUUUCAAUUUUUUGGUUAGAUUUGUAUGUAAUAUAUUUUGUUGAUAUAAGUAUAUCAUAUGAUUUUACAAGUUAUUUGUAUUUAUCUAUUGUUUUUUGCUUAUGUUGCAAUUUCUGAGGUAUUUUCCUUGUGUUUGUUGGAAGCUGUUUUACAUUAAGCUCUGCCAAUAUAUACAGAUUGAUCAACUGUGCAAUAUAAAAUUGGUUUCCUUUUUGUUGUAUUUAUAAUAAAAAUGAAUAAAGCAAGCUCUUAUGCAGGUGAAUUUCCAUUCUUUAUAGCAGUCUAAACAUAUCUAGUACUAUGUUUACCUAAUAGUCUGGCAUAUAGAAUAGAGUAUGUAUAUGUAUUUUACUAAUAAACCCAUGCACUAAAAGUUAUCUCAAGAGUGGAUGCUCAACGU